AUGACUUAUACCUGCCAUAAGGAUUAUUACCCUACAAAGCUUGAGCAAGAUCAAGCAGCAGCAUCAACGUGCCCAGACUACUUCAAAUGGAUCCAUGAGGAUAUAAAACCAUGGAAGAGAACAGGAAUCACUAGGGAAAUGGUGGAGACGGGAAAAAAUGUUUCAUUCUUCAGGGUUGUGAUUAAACAAGGAAAAGUUUAUGCAGAAAGGUGUGCAAAUUCCUAUCAGACUAGAGAUGUGUUUACAGUAUGGGGAAUUCUACAACUUCUAAGGUUGUACCCUGGAAAGAUACCUGAUUUGGAGCUUUUGUUUGAGACUGGGGAUAGAACUGUGGUGCAUGAACAACACUUCCAAGGACCACCGCCACCUAUUUUCCAUUACUGUGGGGAGAAAAAUGCUUAUGACAUUGUCUUUCCUGUUUGGAGCUUCUGGGGUUGGGUUGAGCUUGCAAUAAAACCAUGGGAGGCAUUACUGCAGGACAUAGACGAAGGCAACAAGAAGAUGAAAUAUGGAAGGAUAGGUUACCCUAUGCAUUUUGGAAAGGCAACACACGGGUGUCCUACCAAAGACCAAUGUGUCCACAGGUACAAGAUUUAUGUGGAAGGGAUAACAUGGUCUGUGAGUGAAAAGUACAUAUUAGCAUGUGACUCCAUGACCUUGUUCAUAGAGCCUAUAUAUUAUGAUUUCUUUAGAAGAAGCUUGAAACCUAGGCAGAAAUACUGGCCUAUCAGCAGGAACAACCAAACCAUGUGCAAUGAUAUUAAGUCUGCUGUUGAAUGGGGUAAUGCAAAUCCAGACAAGAUUUCGGCUGGCAGCUACGUACUGGCAAUGAACAACCUCAAGCUAGGAGUAGAAGUUGUGAAUGCUCAUGACCUUGUUCCCAAAGAUGGCAAAGGAUCAUCUAGUACAUUUGUGGAACUUCACUUUGAUGGCCAGAGAUUUCGGACAACAACUAAAGAUAAAGAUCUGAGUCCUGUUUGGAAUGAAAGCUUUUACUUCACCGUUACUGAUCCAAGCAAGUUACCAAGCCUCACUCUUGAUGCCUGUAUCUUCCACUACAACAAAAGCAAUGGCUCCAAAAUACUCCUUGGGAAGGUCAGGCUAACUGGAACCUCAUUCGUUUAUCAUUCUGAUGCUGUUCUUUUGCACUACCCUCUGGAAAAGAAAAACAUUUUUUCCCGCUCAAAAGGAGAGAUUGGUUUGAAGGUUUUUGUUACAGAUGACCCUUCUAUAAGAGCCUCAAACCCUCUUCCUGCUGUGGAAUCCUUUGUCGAUAUAGUUCAAGAUCUAACACAAGAUCUAACACACGACCAAAUACCACCACCAGUAUCAUUUACAGACUCAAUCUCCAACACCGUGUCUAGGAAGAAAACUGAGUCAAGGCACACGUUUCAUAACAUUGCAAAAUCAAAUCAUGAACAAAAACAGCAGUCAAAGCCUGCAGCAGAUGCCAAGCCAAGUGUAACCUUUGGGAUUCAAGAGAUGAAAUCCUCACAGCCUCUUCCAAAAGUUGUUCAAGCAUUCGCAGGUGCGCAAGAUUAUGUAGUGAAAGAAACAAGCCCUACCCUUGGAGGGGGCAAAGUUGUUGGUGGAAGGGUCAUACGCGGGAGCAAGCCAGCCACAUCCAGCAGCUAUGACCUUGUUGAAUCAAUGAGCUACCUUUUUGUUAGAGUUGUAAAAGCCCGUGACCUUCCUUCAAUGGAUAUCACAGGUAGCCUUGACCCCUAUGUGGAGGUCAAGAUUGGAAACUUCAAAGGAACUACCAAUCACUUUGAGAAAAACCAAAACCCUGAAUGGAACAAGGUGUUUGCCUUUGCCGAGGAGAAUCGGCAAUCCUUUCUUCUUGAAGUUACAGUCAAAGACAGGGACCAUAUAUCAGAUGAUGUUGUUGGAACUGUGUUUUUUGAUUUGCAUGAAGUUCCUAAACGUACUCCACCUGAUAGUCCAUUGGCUCCUCAGUGGUAUAGGAUUGAGAAAACGAAUGGAGAAAAGAAAGGGGAGUUGAUGCUUGCUGUUUGGAGAGGCACACAAGCUGAUGAGGCUUUUCAAGAUGCUUGGCAUUCUGAUGCAGUAGUAAACCCUGAUGGAAGCACUAUAUCAAACUAUUCUCAGAUUCGUUCAAAAGUUUACAUGUCCCCAAGAUUAUGGUAUGUACGGGUCAAAGUGGUUGAGGCACAGGACUUAGUUUCAUCUGACAAGUCUAAACUUCCAGAUGCCAGUGUUAAGGUUCAAAUCGGAAACCAGACUUCAAAGACAAAGCCAAUGAGGGGCGUGAACCCGCAGUGGAAUCAUGAUGCAUUGUUUGUUGCUGCUGAACCUUUUGAAGAGCCUUUGGUUUUCACAGUUGAAGAUCGCGUUGGUGCUAACAAGGAUGAGACUAUUGGCAAUGUUGUUCUUCCUAUAAGCAAAAUUGAAAAGCGCUUUGAUGAUAAGCUUGUCCGUGGUGGCUGGUUUCUUCUAGAAAAGUCCAUGUCAUCUGCUAUGGAGGAGCAAGGGAAAAUGAAAGAGAAAGAGAAGGACAAGGACAAGUUCUUCAGCAGAAUCCAUGUCAUUGCCUUUCUUGAUGGUGGAUAUCAUGUUCUGAAUGAGUCAACUUAUUACAGUAGUGAUCUUAGGCCAUCCACAAGGCAGCUUUGGAAGAAGCCAAUUGGUGUCUUAGAACUUGGCAUUUUGAAUGUUGAUGUGUUGUUACCACCCAAAAGUAGGGAUGGAAGGGGAACAUCAGAUACAUACUGUGUGGCGAAGUAUGGCCAUAAAUGGGUGCGCACUAGAACCAUUGUUAACAAUCUAAACCCGAAGUUCCAUGAGCAGUACACUUGGGAAGUUUAUGAUACAGCUACAGUUCUCACCUUGGGGGUGUUUGAUAAUGCACAGAUUCACAAUUCUUCAAAUGGCAAAAAAGAUUCCGAGAUUGGAAAGAUUCGGAUAAGGAUCUCAACACUAGAAACUGGUCGCGUAUACACUCACUCAUAUCCACUAUUAUCAAUUCAUAGCUCUGGUCUCAAGAAGAAUGGUGAUGUGCACUUGGCCAUACGUUUCUCAUGCAACUCAAUGCUUAACAUGAUGGGCUUGUAUUUCAAGCCCCAUUUGCCAAAAAUGCACUACACAAAGCCCCUUAGCAUUAUUGACCAGGAAAGGCUGAGACUCCAGGCUAUGCUCAUUGUGGCAGCUAGACUAGGCAGGGCUGAACCCCCUCUUAGAAAGGAAGUGGUUGAGUACAUGUCAGACACAGACUCUCACCUAUGGAGCAUGCGGCGUAGCAAGGCCAACUUCAACCGUCUGAGGAACGUGUUUUACUUCCUAGUUCGGAUUGGAGGUUGGUUUGGAGAAAUUGCUAAAUGGAAGAACCCUUUCGUGACAGUGCUGGUGCACAUUCUCUACUUAAUGUUUGUGUGUUUCCCAGAUCUUAUCCUACCAACAAUAUUCCUAUACAUGUUUGUGAUAGGGAUGUGGCAAUGGAGGUUCCGUCCAAGAUACCCUCCGCACAUGGAUGCUAGGCUCUCUUGUGCUGGUAUAGCAACCCCUGAGGAGUUGGAUGAGGAGAUGGACACUUUUCCAACCACAAAGAGUUCAGAUAUAGUGCGUUGGAGGUAUGACAGGUUGAGAAGUUUGGCAGGGAGGGUUCAAAGUGUCGUUGGACAAAUAGCAACACAAGGAGAAAGAGUCCAUGCUCUUCUGAGUUGGAGGGAUCCACGUGCCACUUCCAUAUUCAUGGUGUUUUGCCUUGUGACUGCCAUAAUGUUGUAUGUUACCCCACCACAAAUGUUGUUCAUUCUAUCUGGAUUUUACCUAAUCAGGCACCCUAAGCUUAGGGACAAGACACCAGGAGCACCAAUCAAUUUCUUCCGCAGGUUGCCUGCUCUCACAGAUACCAUGAUGUAG